AUGCAUUGUGUUGUUGCUGUCGAUCAAGAGUCAAGCAAGGCGAAUGAAUAUCUUAUUGAAAAGUGGGGAAAAUGGUUUGAUUUAGAUGAUAUCAACCACAAUGGAAUACUGUCAAUGGAUGAAACUAAAAUGUUUGUUGAACACUAUAAAGCUCAUGGUGAUCUGAGCGAUAUGAAAUUGAACGCGAUCAAAACAAAGAUGGAUAGACUGUUUAAGGCAUUUUAUUUUACAAACAAGAAAGAAAUCUCCAAAGACGACUUCAUAAACAUGAUGAAACAAAGGUAUGAAUCUAACACAACUGCUUUAAUUGAGAUGGUUCUUGCGUAUGCAACGAAAUGGAGCGAUGUGAUAGACUUGAAUGGGGACAGAUUUCUUUCAAAAGAUGAAUUCAUUCUGAAUUUUGUUGCUCAGAGGCACAGCAAUAUCCGAAAGGACGAGCAGUUUUUCUACACGUUUCAGCCAAAAAAUGAGCGUAUUGCUAAUGCCGAUAUAGCAGCGUAUUUUGUUCGUUUUGGAACUGAGCCUGAUAGGUCAAAACCGGACGUUGUCUUAAAUGAAAUUAAUUCCGGAUUUUAAAAAAUAUGUUUUCCUUAAAAUAUAUUGACGAAAUUGAUUUGAAAAAUAUGAUAAUAAAACAUUAAUUCGAAUGCCAGAAUAUAAGCGUCCAUUUUAUAACAAACACAUUAUUCACUUUAGAUGUAAACUGUUUAUUGAUAUUUGUACAUGUAAUAAUUAAAAGAUAUUCCUAGAAGGACAAAAUAACAAUUUAGCAAUUUUAUGCCAAGUGACCAAAAUUAAAAAUAAAAGUAUUAAUGGCCCGAAUACAACCAUCUCAUUUCAUUAUC